ACACAUUACGAUUACACGAAAUGCAAUAAAAGCAGAAAAGGAGGUGUUCUCCGCAGAUCGUAAUAAUAAUAAGCCAUCAUCAACAGUGAAAUUUUCUAUAUAUCUCACUUUGUGUUUAAAGUUGACUUGCAAUAAGGCGAAGAAAGCAAUAGAAGGAACUAAAACUUAGAGAUUUCAUCAUUAUACAAAAUACAAGUUUCAUUCGGUUUGCAUCAGUUCCAUUAAAGCCGUAAAGGUGGUCACUUGUUCUCUGGCAGAGUUGUGCAAUUUCUGAAGCAAUUUUUUUUAUUGUUAUUGUGAAAUGUGUUGAUUAAAACGUGCGAUAAUUCGUUUUCCAUUGUUUAACGUGCAAUCCGCUAUUAUGAAACAGAAAUUUAUAAUGGAAUUUCUUAGCAUAUUACUACUGUCCUUUGCUAUCGGAUCAUCGCUCCCUGCUGCUGUUUCUGAAGACUCAAAUGAACCGAGUAUAACAAAACCUUCAACAAAUAUUUCGUCGCAACCGAAGGAAAUGCAGCGCUAUAUGCAAGACCUUAGAAAGCAGAAGCCAUCCGACACCGUUACAAUGAAGAAAUACAUUAAAGCUCACAGUACACAGCAUGAAGACUAUCAGCAAUCGGAGGAGACGAAGAACGACAAAAUUGCGAAACAAAACAACGAGACCAUACGAUUACAUCCUGAAUUGAUUCCGUUCGAAAUUUCGGAUGCAAAAGUUCCGGACAGCGAGACAUUGAAAUUGAUCGAACAAAAUAAGGAAGAACGGAAAAACGAUAGCUCGGAUGAGAGGAAAGUUCUGGUGAAGAAAGACAUGUCAACGUCCGAAUCAAUUAUGGUGAAAAUAACACAUCCGGGACCAGUACCAGCUGGAAAUCGACCACGAUCUUUGCAACAGUUGCCAUUAGAAGUACAGAAUGCUAUCAAUUUCUUUGUACAGAAAGAGAAUUCGCAGAAAUUACCAGCGCCAAAGUAUACGAAUUUGAAUCAAUACAAGACACCAACCAGAUUAAGCAAAAAUUGGUGGACACCGGUGCAUAUUAAUACUCAUGUGGCUACACCUCUGGUGCUACAUCCUCAGUUGCUUAAUAAUUACACUCCGAAAAAAUUGUCGUAUUCAAAGCCAUCACCUGUAUACCAAAAAUUCGAAACAUCCGAGCGAGCUUUACAUACCAAAUUACCAGAACUACAAGUCGCUAAACCUGUAGACGUUUUGUAUACUUUCAAAACUGCCUAUCCAGUUUACUCCGCACCAAAAGCAGUUUCAAAUGAACAAAAAUAUACUAGUCCGGCACGGCCCGCAAACCUUAUAACAAAUGGUGACUCAAACCUGGUCGAUUUAACGUCACUGGUUGGUCUCGAGCCGGAGCAACAACUUCAAGGUUUAGGUGAAAUACUUAGUAAACCACUUCGACCGCAAGACUCAACUGCACCGGUGCUAUUUCCGUUAGGCGCUAGACUACCAAACCCUCGACCGGCCACUGACAAACCAUUGUUCGUUGUAAAUGCAGUCAGCUAUUCAACUACUAUCGCUCCAGAAGUCACAAGUAAAUCGUUUGUUUACAACGAUAUCAAGAAUCAUUACAAGAACACCCAUUUGCUGUCGUCGUCGUAUUUCAACACCAAGGAUCACAUACCCAUAUCGGAAAAUACCCCAGAUAUUUUGCCAAAUAAGAAUGUUGUCAGCGUUGUAUCACCACGUCCUGUGGUUUUGGCUCCAACAGCGGAUAAGGACAAAGCACCGCGGAGUUUUCAACGACAUUAUGGUCGGGCGGCAGAUCUAUAUCCAUCUGAAUAUGCAUCUGGAUAUGCAUUCGGGUAUCGUGUUCGUGAUUCUCAUACAGGAAAUGACUAUGGCCAUACACAAAAUCGUGACACCGACGGUAUAACUAGAGGUGAAUAUCAUAUCCGUUUACCAGAUGGGCGAAUACAAAAUGUUAAAUACACAGCUGAUGAAAAAGGAUUCCAUGCGGAUGUGAGCUAUCAAAGUGGGAAUUAAAUCAAAGUUUUGCUCUUAUGAACAUAUUUUGGGUAAUUUUUUGUUGGUUUUUUUUCUUCUUUGUUUUGUUUAUGAUUUUAUAAAAUCGUGAAAAGGCAUUAUUAAAGUGGUCGUUCUGUACAUAUUACCCAUAGUUAACUUAAUUGUAUGACAUUGCUCUAAGUUUUGUUUGUUAAAAUUAAUUGUUUGCUCAAAUAAUAUAUAAUUUGCUCAAUAGGUUUUAUGUGGUGAAGUGGAGAGGACUUUUAAUGUGCAAUUAAGAUAAGAGACUUACUGUUAAUUUAUUAUUUGUUUAAUUCGACCAUGUCUACCAAAAAUGUUGUACCUUUUGUUAUAGGAAAUAAAUAUGUUGUUGUCUGUUA